AAGGGGCACUCCUUGAGAACGCAGGUAGACAACCCCGUUGAUGGUGCAGACGUCUCCGCCGCAGCCAGCGUCCACGACAGAACAGCGAACCGCUGAAUAGAAGAGACCAUGGCGGCCAUCACGAGGGUGUCUGUUUGCCUACUAAUCGCCUUCGCCGUUCACACUCAGGGUCAGACCGCGGACGGCAGCCUGUGGAGGUCCGUAGAGACGUGCCAGAAGGUCGUCAAGAAGCAUGUGACCCUCGCCGAGAGCACCGUCUCCAGCACACUGCAGGAGUUUGCGGAGUCCAACAGCACUAUGGAGAUCUAUGUAAAGAGAUGGGGCGACUUAGUUAAGGCCAGUCGACCAGGUAGUAUCAGUGUUGUUUCUGGAGUCGACCAUUGCCUGGAAACGUACUCUAUAUCCACAAAGAAUAUAGCAGAUUCGCUGAAAACCAAGUUGCGCAGUACACUCAAGCAGCAGAUCGAAUGGUACGAUGCCGAGGUGUUCAGUCUGCUCACCGACGCUCUCUCAGAGGAGGGUCAGGCUGGGGUCGUGCAAAGCGUAAAGUUCCAUUUGGAUCCUGCGCUGAAGCAAUUUGGUAGUAUGGCCGUGUCCGCCCUUAAACAAGCCAUCAAGGAUAUGAAGAGCCCGUAUCAGAAUGUGGCGCUCUGCAUCAGAGACAUUGAGAUGGACCGUUCAUCAUUUUAAUUUGCAUCUUUUCAUCAUUACUUCACUCUGGAAACCCAAACAUUUUUAAAUCAUGGAAUAUACACAAUUAUAUGUGUGUACUAUGACAAGUAUAUUAUUCUUUGUGUGUACGUCACAAUCAAGGAAUAGAGCGUGCAGACACAUUCAAGUGCCGAAAAGUGCUUGAUACACGGAGAGCUUGCACAUUUACAAUCUUGAGUUGUGCACAUUUAAGGGCGAGGGACAAUUUGGAGUGUAGUUGAACGACCUUUUCCAUGGAAAAUUUUCCUGUACCUGGUACGACAAUAAUGAGAGUGGAUACAAGAUGGGUUUUCUAAGCGAUCCUUUUCGCCGAAGAUGGUACUAGUUGGAAAGUUAUGGGAUCGGUUACUUAUCACAUCCUGGGCGCAGGUUAAAUACUCAACGUAACACUUCUUCAUAUGGACAAAAGAACAGUUAAAGUUAUUUUUUUAAAUGCUCAGAACCAUCUAAGGAUAAUGUGCAAACAGUUUGGACGAGUCGCAAUUAGAACUUAUUUCAAGUGGGUCACGUGGUAAUGAAAUAGAUCUUGUGCGCUCCUAUUUUUCUCAGGGUUAUACGAACUUGUUAAUACUUAUUAUUAGAAACUGUUGACCGCGUGCGUACCCCAGGAUUACAUAAAUCAGGGGCUCAUGCCGCACUUAUGUUUGGUGGAUUCCAGGGGUGGAUUAACAAUGUGACUUAUGAUUAGGGGUCGUCCACAUAUUACGUCACGCGUUUAGGGGGGGGGGGUCUACGCUAGCGUGACGGUCCUAUACCAAAAGCAUUGGAAGGUUAGGUUAGCCGCGUGACGUGGGGGGAGGGGGGGUCAAAAACUGCCAAAAAUAGCGUGACGUAAUAUGUGGACGACCCGAGGGGUCGUCAACUUCGAUAUUCCUCCGUACACGGACUGAUAUUACCUCAAAUAUUACACCAAUAUUAGCCAUAUUACUGGUAAUAUUACCUCGAUAUUACACAUUUUUCUAGUAUUAUGACGUCACAGCUUGAAAAUUGGCUCAAUAUUACCAAUAUUAUUUGUAAUAUUCAAUAUUCCUCCGUACACGGCCAAGGAGAGUUGACGACCCCUCGGGACGACCCCUUAGUCCACUGUAUGAGACAAAAUUAAAGGAGAACGGCGCGGAAAACAAAUGAUCAGAUAAGCAGCUUUAACAUCUUUUUAUUUCUCUGCUCACAACAAUGUUCAGGCAGUAGAUCAGGACAACUUACAAAUAGAGUAAUGACUACCCGAAAAGAAUCUUAAAGUAAUGGUAACAAUUGCACCUGCGAUGUCACGAGGACAGUAAGCAGUAAUUUACAUUUAAUAACGUAUCUUACAAAACAACGGUAAAAAAAAGUUUUUAUGUGUUUCCUUACGCAAUGUAGGUGGUGGACCUACUUUACCCUGUGAGUACUUGUUAAACAUAUGUCUUUAAUACAAAUAUUCCUUCCACUUCACGAAAAUUUAUGAGCUAACAUGGUGAGCAAUUUUACAAUUUAAAAUUAUCGCUUGAUAUAUUGUUGCUAAACUGAAUUUAGCUCUUUCAUCUACCUGUUCAACAAUUAUAAAAGGCUGCACAUGUGUACAGCCAAAGGUAUACUCCCACAAUGACAUCAAAUGAGCUGAAAAGUCAAGAUUUGGCAAAAAAUUGUCUAGUUUACCACAAAACAGACCACUAAAUUUAACAAAAUCUUGUCUUUGACCUCAUUUGAUGUCAAUUUGACAAGAUAUCCUUGACUGGUUAGACUGGUAAGACAAGUGUUUCAUUUUAAACAUCAAUUGAUAUACAAGUUCAAGUGUGGUAAGUUUAGGGUCGUUUAACUAGAUUAUUCGUCAAUUGAUGUGGAAAAAUUACAAAAUUUCCGAAACGUUAAGCAGAUGCACAACAUAUGGUCCCCACUAAUAGCAUAAAACUAGGUGUGGCCAAGAGUGAAAAAUUUAGACGUUGACGAAAUGUCUAAAAUUUGCACAUCACGCAGAACUGCAAAGACUGUUGGACACAAUGCCAUGUGCAGGAUCAUGUUCCCCACACGUUUGUAAGCAAAUUUUGGACACUUGUUUUACCAGUGUAGUGAAGUGGAUAGUGAUGUAAUAUACAUCUACCUUCUCUCAAUACUUAUCAGUUACAUGAUUCUAAUUAACAGACGAAACGCCUACUGUUAAACGUAAUAUGUAUUGACGAAAAUUUUUAAUCACUAAAGUAUAAAACCCUGCAGUAUUGAAUUUCUGGGAUGGAUGUUAUUACCGCUCUUAUUUACAAAAUAGGGAUUUACCAAGUCUUCUACUAGAUUUAUCAUUACACAUCAAGCCAUAGUCAUGUCAUACUCUCAGUACAAUGUAAAAUAUAUGGAACUGUCAAGUCAAAAGCAGAGAAAAGCCAGAAAAGGGGACGUGUGUGAUUUUUCAACUAUCGUUUCACAUGGAGUGGGUGAUCUGAGCUGUCUUUAUUCUUGUUAAAGUGUGCAUCGGAUGCUUGCUUGCGGGCAGGUUGCAUAUUUGCACAGGGCCGUAAAGUGAUGGUACCCUAGCGCACCAUCACGGCUGAAUCUAGUACAGCAAGGUAAAAACAAUGUUUGAUUUUUAUUUUCAGAAAAAGGGGAAAACUUUGAGAUGCCACUUUCGUUUAAGGCAAACUUUGCACAUUUUGAGCAAGAAUUUUUUGAGGAGACUUCCUCAAAAUCUGAGGAGUUUUCCUCAAACUAUGGGAGUAACUUAAAAUUUUCCCUCCCCCCCCCCCCAAAAGUCAGACAUUGUUAUUACCGUGGGAAUAACGAAAAUAGGAGGGCGUGGAUCACCCAGCACACACUCAAUCUCUUAAAGUGACGUGUCAGCGUUGAUCAACUGUAAAGGUAUGUGUGCAAUGAUAAGGUUUAAACGAUUUUGUUCAUAAAAUCCAGUAUCUUCUUCUCUUGCCAAAAAAACAAUGACGAUUCUGUUAAUAACAGACAAACAAAUUUGUCGGCAUCACUUAGCAUCAAUUUUUUCUUAGCAUAGCACAAAAUUAUUUAUAGCAGUCAGGAACGAAAGCCUCGAUAUGGAACCUGAGAAUGCAUAGUUCAACACAUUCUAAAAUGCCCUACACGGUAAACAUGUCGUUAAUUAAUAAAAAAAUUGUUGUUUUUUUUUUUCGAGUUUUUUCUAAUAAUCAUUGAUGAACAACACUGUUAUUUUACAGAAAUGUUUGUUCGGGACAAAGUUAUGCGUUCAUUUAUGAUAGUGAACAUUGUUACUAAACAUCUAAUUCUUUUCGAAAGACAAACAAGACAACCAUGUAUUCUUCAAAAUGUUUGUUACAUAACAAACAUUAUUGUUGAAAAAAUAAAAGCCAUUGAAAAGCUCAACAACAAAUUCGUUGUUAAUUAACAAGACUAUUAUUUACGGUGUAGGCUAAGUUCUUUUCUCAAACAGUACAGCACUCGGACAUCUAUUUUCCCCGGAACAAAGUGAUAUUGUAAAUGAAGCUAGCAAAAUAUUAGUUUUGUAAACCAAACGUUGAUUGUUUGGAUAAGUUGAUUUUGUAAAGACACUUAGUGACAAAGACACUUACUAAGUGUGCAACUGCAAGUGUUGAGCAGUUGCAUACUUGGCUUAUCAGUGCAGUUUAAUUACAUUUUUUGUACAAACUAUAACAAUUAUAGUAAGUUCAAUAAAGAUUUGGAUUAUA